AUGAUCCAUGACCCGGCUCUCGACCGUUGGGCCGCUAUGCGCGAGAACGUGUACCAGCACUACAAGUUCACGCGCACCAUCACGCGCCAGACCGUCGCCCUCGGCCUUGUCCUCCCCAUUGCCAUCUACGCCGUCGCUGCCGUCUACGACAACAAGUACGACUGGGCCGGCAAGCUCAAGGGCUCGAGCCUCCUCCGCAACCCACCAGCCCCUGCGCCGGCCAAGGACGACGAGUAA